AUGCUGAAUGCAUUAUUAAUAGAGUUUUCAUUGCGAUUUUCGUUAACUUUGUGGAGUUUUCCUUUUCUGCAGGGAUCAAAGGUGAAUAUGAUCAUCACAGAUUAUUGCAUGCCAGAAAUGACAGGCUAUGAGCUGCUCAAGAAAAUCAAGGAAUCUUCUAACAUGAAGGACAUCCCUGUUGUGAUAAUGUCAUCUGAGAACAUUCCAACUCGGAUCAACCAAUGCUUGGAGGAAGGAGCCCAGAUGUUCAUGCUAAAGCCACUCAAACACGCGGAUGUGAAGCGAUUAAGAGGCCAAUUGAUGCAGUGCUGAGGAUAAUAAAGAUCAAAACAUCAUUGAUCUGAUAAACACUCUUUAAUGUUUUUGCCUCUUUUGCUUUUGCCUCUUUUAGUGAACGAAAAGUUCAGAAAUAAACACAGAGUAAAUAAGUAAAGGAAAUUAUCACCUUAACAUGAUACAUAAUAUAAUAAUAUAUACUAACUUGCUUCUCAAACUCCACAACUCUUGGCUUCAGCUUCCCUAAAUCUCU